AUAUUACAUUCACAAUGUAUCAUAAUAUUUAUAAUAAUAAUAAAAAUCAAUAUUAAUAGGUAGCGGAGUGACCAACUUUGGUUCCCAAUAUUACAAAAUCUUUUCUUUGUUAGCUCUGACUUAACAAAGUUCUAAUCUUUAUUGCAUUUUAUGAUUAUACAUAUAUAUAUGGACUAAAAAUUUGGUUUUUUUAGAAGGGGAAAAGGAAUAUAGAGAGAAAGAGAAAUGGCAGGUGUUGCUGGUUCUUGUUGUUCUUCUGGUGUGGUUUUUAGAGGUAAAGAAGUUGGUGGGAAUGGAGCUCUUUGGGGUCAAUAUAAUGGUCUUAGGCAUGGUGAUAAUAAUGCCCAUUUGUUUCAUUUUGGAAAUAACCCAAAUGGGCAUCUUUCUAUUUCAGCCAAAAAAUGCAGAGCAAUCAAGGCUAUGGCAUCAGCUCCCAAGAGGGAAAAAGAUCCCAAAAAGAGAAUUGUCAUAACAGGAAUGGGGUUGGUUUCGGUUUUUGGCAGUGACAUUGAUACAUUCUACAACAAACUUCUUGAGGGACAGAGUGGAAUAAGUACCAUAGACAGAUUUGAUGCAUCGAAUUUCUCUGUUCGCUUCGCGGGACAGAUUCGUGGUUUCUCAUCCGAAGGCUAUAUUGAUGGGAAGAACGAUAGGCGCCUUGACGAUUGUUGGAGAUACUGUUUGGUUGCUGGGAAAAGAGCACUUGAAAAUGCUAAUCUCGGACCAGAAAUACUUGAAACUAUGGACAGAACAAGAAUUGGAGUGUUGGUUGGAACAGGUAUGGGAGGUUUAUCAGCAUUCACUACAGGAGUUGAUGCUCUAAUCCAAAAGGGAUACAAAAAGAUUUCACCUUUUUUCAUUCCUUACUCAAUCACCAACAUGGGGUCAGCAUUGUUAGCCAUAGAUACCGGUUUAAUGGGACCGAAUUACUCGAUUUCCACUGCUUGUGCCACAGCCAACUAUUGCUUCUAUGCUGCAGCAAACCACAUCAGAAGAGGUGAAGCAGAUGUAAUGGUGGUUGGUGGGACUGAGGCUGCAGUUAUGCCUACUGGUGUUGGUGGUUUCAUUGCUUGUAGGGCAUUGUCUCAGAGAAAUGAUUCUCCCCAGAAAGCCUCUAGGCCUUGGGAUAAAAACCGCGACGGGUUUGUCAUGGGAGAAGGCUCUGGUGUUCUGGUAAUGGAGAGCUUGGAAAGUGCAAUGAAUAGAGGAGCAACCAUAAUAGCUGAGUACUUAGGUGGUGCCAUAACAUGUGAUGCUCAUCAUAUGACUGAUCCAAGAUCAGAUGGUUUAGGUGUCUCAUCAUGCAUAACCAAGAGUUUACAAGAUGCUGGAGUUUCUCCUGAAGAGGUGAACUAUGUGAAUGCUCAUGCAACAUCAACACUGGCAGGAGAUUUGGCUGAAGUUAAUGCAAUCAAAAAGGUCUUCAAAGACACAUCUGAGAUGAAGAUGAAUGGAACCAAGUCAAUGAUUGGACAUGGUCUUGGGGCUGCUGGUGGAUUGGAAGCAAUAGCAACCAUUAAAGCAAUAAACACAGGAUGGCUUCAUCCAACCAUUAACCAAGAUGAUUUGGAGCCUGAUGUUACAAUUGACACUGUUCCAAAUGUAAUGAAGAAACAUGAAGUUAAUAUUGCUAUCUCAAACUCAUUUGGCUUUGGUGGGCAUAAUUCAGUGGUUGUUUUUGCUCCUUUUAGACCUUAAAAAAGAAUAAUUAAACAUCUUUAAUUUAAGAUUAAUUUAUUUCAGAACUAUAAAACUAUUUGUAAUAUGAUAAGAGGCUAUGAUAUGUGUUGCUAUAUAUAUAUAAGGAUUAGAUGAGAUUAAGCUUAUUCUCUUCUUUACAUUUUCCAAUGAAUAAAAGUAUUUUUCUUC